GGCCCGUACGCCCGCCCGCCCGCCGCAUGGAGCUCCGCGGCUUCUGCAGCGCCGAUGGCUCCGACCCCUUCUGGGCAUGGGAUGUCACGUGGAACACCAGCAGCCCCGACUUCACCAAGUGCUUUCAGAACACGUUCCUCGUGUGGGUGCCUUGCUCCUACCUCUGGGUCUGCUUCCCCUUCUACUUCCUCUUUCUCUCACGCCAUGACCGGGGCUACAUUCAGAUGACCUAUCUCAACAAAACCAAAACUGCCUUGGGAUUUUUGCUGUGGAUCGUCUGCUGGGCAGACCUCUUCUACUCUUUCUGGGAAAGAAGUUGGGGCAAAUUCCUGGCCCCAGUGUUUCUGGUCAGCCCAACCCUCUUGGGCAUCACUAUGCUGCUUGCUACCUUUUUAAUUCAACUCGAGAGAAGGAAAGGAGUCCAGUCUUCGGGGAUCAUGCUCACUUUCUGGGUUGUAGCCCUACUGUGUGCCCUUGCCAUCUUCAGAUCCAAAAUCAUGGCUGCCUUAAAAGAGGAUGCUGAAAUCGACGUGUUUCGCGAUGUCACUUUCUACAUUUACUUUUCCCUCGUGCUGAUGCAGCUCAUGCUGUCCUGCUUCUCGGACCGACCACCGCUGUUCUCGGAAACCAUCCACGACCCCAAUCCCUGCCCGGAAUUCAGCGCCUCCUUCCUUUCCAGAGUCACCUUCUGGUGGAUUACAGGGCUGAUGGUCCACGGCUACCGCCAGCCGCUGGAGAGCACUGACCUCUGGUCCCUGAAUAAGGAGGACACGUCAGAGCAAGUUGUGCCCAUUUUGGUAAAGAACUGGAAGAAGGAGUGUGCCAAAUCCAGAAGGCAGCAGGCGAAGAUGGCGUACUCCUCCAAGGAUCCCGCCAAGCCAAAAGGGGGCUCACAGGUGGAUGUGAGUGAGGAGGCUGAGGUUUUAAUCGUCAAGUCCCCCCAGAAGGAGCGGGAGCCGUCUCUGUUCAAGGUGUUAUACAAGACCUUCGGGCCCUACUUCCUCAUGAGCUUCUUAUUCAAGGCCCUCCACGACCUGAUGAUGUUUGCCGGCCCAGAGAUCUUAAAAUUGCUCAUCAACUUCGUGAACGAUCAGGAGGCCCCCGACUGGCAGGGCUACUUCUACACCGGGCUGCUGUUCGUCAGCGCCUGCUUCCAGACCCUCGUGCUGCACCAGUACUUCCACAUCUGUUUCGUCAGCGGCAUGAGGAUCAAGACAGCCGUCAUCGGUGCUGUCUACCGGAAGGCCUUGGUGAUCACCAACUCAGCCAGAAAGUCCUCCACUGUCGGGGAGAUUGUCAAUCUCAUGUCUGUGGACGCCCAGAGGUUCAUGGACUUGGCCACGUACAUUAACAUGAUCUGGUCAGCUCCUCUGCAAGUCAUCCUUGCUCUCUACCUCCUGUGGCUGAACCUGGGCCCGUCCGUCCUGGCGGGGGUGGCUGUGAUGAUCCUUAUGGUUCCUGUCAAUGCCGUGAUGGCCAUGAAGACCAAGACUUACCAGGUGGCCCACAUGAAGAGCAAAGACAGUCGGAUUAAGCUGAUGAAUGAGAUUCUCAAUGGGAUCAAAGUGCUCAAACUCUACGCCUGGGAACUGGCCUUCAAGGACCAGGUGCUGGCCAUCAGGCAGGAGGAGCUUAAGGUGCUCAAGAAAUCGGCCUACCUGGCAGCGGUGGGAACCUUCACCUGGGUCUGCACGCCUUUCCUGGUGGCCCUGUCUACAUUUGCUGUCUACGUGACCAUCGACAAGAACAACAUCCUGGAUGCCCAGAAAGCUUUCGUGUCCUUGGCCUUGUUCAACAUCCUUCGAUUUCCCCUGAAUAUUCUCCCCAUGGUCAUCAGCAGCAUCGUGCAGGCGAGUGUCUCCCUCAAACGCCUCAGGAUCUUCCUGUCUCAUGAGGAGCUGGAGCCCGACAGUAUCGAGCGAAGGCCGGUCAAAGACGGCGGGGGCGCAAACAGCAUCACCGUGAAGAAUGCCACGUUCACUUGGGCCAGGAGUGACCCUCCGACACUAAGUGGCAUCACCUUCUCCAUUCCGGAAGGUUCCUUGGUGGCUGUGGUGGGCCAGGUGGGCUGUGGAAAAUCGUCUCUACUCUCAGCACUCCUGGCCGAGAUGGACAAGGUGGAGGGAUGCGUGGCUGUCAAGGGCUCAGUGGCCUACGUCCCCCAGCAGGCCUGGAUUCAGAAUGAUUCUCUCCGAGAAAACAUCCUUUUCGGCCGCCAGCUACAGGAACGGUAUUACAAGGCUGUCAUUGAAGCCUGCGCCCUCCUCCCAGAUCUGGAAAUCCUGCCCAGCGGGGACCGGACAGAGAUUGGUGAGAAGGGUGUGAACCUAUCUGGGGGCCAGAAGCAGCGAGUGAGCCUGGCCCGGGCCGUGUACUGUGACUCCGAUAUCUACCUCUUUGACGACCCCCUGUCAGCAGUGGAUGCUCAUGUGGGAAAACACAUAUUUGAAAACGUGAUUGGUCCUAAGGGGAUGCUGAGGAACAAGACACGGCUCCUGGUCACGCACAGCAUCAGCUACCUGCCCCAGGUGGAUGUCAUCAUUGUCAUGACCGGCGGCAAGAUCUCGGAGAUGGGCUCCUACCAGGAGCUGCUGGCCCGGGACGGCGCCUUCGCCGAGUUCCUGCGCACGUACGCCAGCAGCGAGCAGGAGCAGGCUGAGCAGGAUGAAGGGUUGACGAGUGUCAGCAGUCCAGGGAAGGAGGGGAAGCAGAUGGAGAACGGCAUGCUGGUGACGGAUGUCGCGGGAAGACAGCUGCAGAGACAGCUCAGCAACUCCUCCUCCUACAGUGGGGACGUUAGCCACCACCACACCAGCACGGCUGAGCUGCAGAAAGCCGGGGCCAAGAAAGAGGACGCGUGGAAGCUGGUGGAGGCAGACAAGGCGCAAACAGGGAAGGUCAAGCUGUCCGUGUACUGGGACUACAUGAAGGCGAUCGGACUUUUCAUCUCCUUUCUGAGCAUCUUCCUUUUCCUGUGUAACCACGUUGCUGCUCUGGCCUCGAACUAUUGGCUCAGCCUCUGGACCGAUGACCCCAUCGUCAACGGGACCCAGGAGCACACUAAAGUCCGGCUGAGCGUCUACGGAGCCCUAGGCAUUUCGCAAGGUAUCUCGGUGUUCGGCUACUCCAUGGUGGUCUCCAUCGGGGGCAUCUUCGCUUCCCGCCGCCUGCAUCUGGACCUGCUACACAACGUCUUCCGGUCCCCCAUGAGCUUCUUCGAGCGCACCCCCAGCGGGAACCUGGUGAACCGCUUCUCCAAGGAGCUGGACACGGUGGACUCGAUGAUCCCGCAGGUCAUCAAGAUGUUCAUGGGCUCCCUGUUCAACGUCAUCGGCGCCUGCAUCAUCAUCCUGCUGGCCACGCCCAUUGCCGCCAUCAUCAUCCCGCCGCUGGGCCUCAUCUACUUCUUCGUCCAGAGGUUCUACGUGGCCUCGUCGCGGCAGCUGAAGCGCCUGGAGUCGGUGAGCCGCUCCCCGGUGUACUCCCACUUCAACGAGACCCUGCUGGGCGUCAGCGUCAUCCGUGCCUUCGAGGAGCAGGAGCGCUUCAUCCGCCAGAGCGACCUGAAGGUGGACGAGAACCAGAAGGCCUAUUACCCCAGCAUCGUGGCCAACAGGUGGCUGGCCGUGCGCCUGGAGUGUGUAGGCAACUGUAUCGUCCUGUUCGCUGCCCUGUUCGCCGUGAUCUCCAGGCAUAGUCUCAGCGCCGGCUUGGUGGGCCUGUCUGUGUCGUACUCAUUGCAGGUCACCACGUACUUGAACUGGCUGGUCCGCAUGUCGUCUGAGAUGGAGACCAACAUCGUGGCCGUGGAGAGGCUGAAGGAGUAUUCAGAGACGGAGAAGGAGGCUCCCUGGCGAGUCCCGGAGAUGACUCCACCCAGCACCUGGCCUCAGGUGGGCCGAGUGGAAUUCCGAGACUAUGGCCUGCGCUACCGAGAAAACCUGGACUUGGUUCUCAAGAACAUCAAUGUCACCAUUGAGGGAGGGGAAAAGGUUGGCAUUGUGGGGCGGACGGGAGCCGGGAAGUCGUCCCUGACCCUGGGCUUGUUUCGAAUCAACGAGUCCGCUGAGGGGGAGAUCAUUAUCGACGGCAUCAACAUUGCCAAGAUCGGCCUGCACGAUCUGCGCUUCAAGAUCACCAUCAUCCCGCAGGACCCUGUUUUGUUCUCGGGUUCCCUCCGCAUGAACCUGGACCCGUUCACCCAGUACUCGGAUGAGGAAGUGUGGACGUCCCUGGAGCUGGCUCACCUGAAGGACUUCGUGUCCGCCCUUCCCGACAAGCUGAACUACGAGUGUGCGGAAGGCGGGGAGAACCUGAGUGUCGGGCAGCGCCAGCUUGUGUGCCUGGCCCGGGCUCUGCUGAGGAAGACCAAGAUCCUGGUGUUGGACGAGGCCACGGCGGCCGUGGACCUCGAAACAGACAACCUCAUUCAGUCGACCAUCCGGACGCAGUUUGAAGACUGCACGGUGCUAACUAUCGCACACCGGCUGAACACCAUCAUGGACUACACGAGGGUCAUCGUCCUGGACAAGGGAGAGAUCCGGGAGUGCGGCCACCCCUCUGACCUCCUACAGCAGAGAGGUCUUUUCUACAGCAUGGCCAAAGAUGCUGGCCUGGUGUGAGCCCUGGAGCUGGUGCAUCUGGUCAGAGCUGCAAGGCCGACAACGCGGGCGUCCGGGGAUGAUGUACUGGGGUACCAUCCUUGGGAACCCAGACCUCCCGUGUACUGAAACCAAAAAGAAGAAAACAAACAAACAAACCAAACACACAAAGCAACCAGCGUCUGGCCCCCAAGUUGGAAUUGGCCGUGAAGAAGUAGGAGAGACACAGAGAUGCAGCCCACCCAGAACCCUCCCACCCCUGCCUCUGUUGCCCUGCAAGAUGCACAGAUGUUCUCAGGCCCCCAGGAACGCACGCUCUUGCUCUUGGUGCUCGGCGGGGAGGUUUCGGCAGCCAGGCUGCCAGAGAAAGUGGUUUCAUAAAAUACGCUAGCGACCAAAUCCAGCCAACUGCCUCAGGGCUCUCCAGCCAAAGUCAACGGGUUCUGUCUUUGAGAAGCUCCCCGGCCCCCCGACGGCUGUCCCCGGCACCCCCCAGAGUGCUCGGUCUCUUUAGGGCUGCAGGUAGGAGGUGAGGGGCCAUCCGUUGAGGGCCAGGCACACUCUUCUUACCAACCAUGUGGUCUUCCAGGCGCUCCGACGUGGGACCCCACGUCUCAGCCCUGCUCCCCCGGUACUCGCCUCCCAGGCCGGGGGGCUGCCUCCAUGUCUACGGACUUCUCACCGACGGGACCUGGCAGCACUUCUGGGCCGUCCGGACCCAGGUCUCAUCUCAGCACUGGCUCCCCAGCCUGGUCGUUGGGCUCUUCACCCACGCCGGUCUCCUCCUCGCUCCCCAUUCUCCCCGUGGCUAGGAAGGCUUUACUGCUCUAGCCCCCGAGAGAGAAGAUCUGCCGAUGGCAAUGAAACGGUCAAGGCCAAGAGCGCUAGGUACCUGCCAGGUAGGACCUGUCGGGGCUGAAAAGCCCCGUUGAGUCUCCUCCGUGUGGUUAGAAUUUUUUUUUUCCUCACCGCUGGCCUCUGGGGAGCUUGAAGGAUGGCAGCGUGGAGAGCGUGACGUUUCGUGACUGAGUCUCUUCCGGGACGAGAAAAGGACCCAUUCACGAAUAUCAGUGAUUGCUUUUCCUUUUCUUUCUUUCUUUUUUUUUUUUUUUUUUCUGGCUUUUUUGGUUUUUUUGGCUUUAAGUGCUGCUCCAAGGGGGAAAACAGUUUCAAGACUUUAAUUUCUUGGGAAGAGGUGCUGAUUGAGGAACAGCGUUCCCAGGGAGGAGCCACAGCAGCCGGCAGGUGACGGGUGGUCCACGUGUUCCGGGAGGAAAACGGAGAAGCAGAGUCCUUCGUGGUUUCUCAGACCAGAGCGAGACCCAAAACGCAGAGGAAGGUCACUGCUGCUCCGAGAUUCAUACUCGCUAUGAAUUACAUUGCUGACUUCACACCCAGAGAAGCACCUUCCUUCUUUAAGGUGGAAUAUAUAUUUAUUUUUUUGUAAGUUAUACCAUUCUUCUACAUUAGAUAAACCAAGUUUUUCUUGGGGAUCUUUUUCUAAUGACUUACACUGGAAACAUGAACAUUUGCAAUAAUUUACAGUAAAAAAAAAUAUUUUGUUUCUUACUGAA